UCUACAAGCUCUCUCUCUCUCUAAGCUUAAUUGGAAAUUAAAAUGGACGGAUGAAUUUUUGUGCUCUGCUUUGAUUCUCUGUUUCAAAAGAUUGCCUGCUUUUUCCUUUUCAUGGAUGCCCUUUAUAUUUCUUUAUCAGUUAAUAGGUUGUGUUAGGCACAAUGUGCAGCUGGUUCACACAUACUUAAGUCUUUAUUUUUUGUUUUCUGCAUAUUCACAUGCCUUAUUCUAUUUUGGGCCUACUCUUUUUUUUGGGUAUAAAUAGGGACUACUGGUUGGCUUGUCUUCAUUGCAUUUCAGUACCAUUUCUCAGUUCACUUGUGUAGAAGCUGGUCUUUCAGACAGUACUACUGAGGUUGCAUUUCAUCACUGAAGAGAGAGAUAUGAGUUACUUAAACCCUUCAACUGGCUCUGGAAGUAGAACUUCUAGGAGCACAUUCGAGUUUGGGAGGACAUAUGUAGUGAGGCCCAAGGGAAAACACCAAGCUACAAUAGUUUGGUUGCAUGGCCUUGGUGAUAAUGGCUCCAGUUGGUCCCAACUUUUGGAAAGCCUACCCCUUCCUAAUAUCAAAUGGAUAUGUCCAACGGCCCCAACUCGUCCCGUAGCUAUACUUGGUGGAUUUCCUUGCACUGCAUGGUUUGACGUGGGAGAACUUUCUGAUGAUGGUCCUGAUGAUUUUGAAGGCUUAGAUUCUUCAGUUGCACAUAUUGCAAACUUAUUGUCAACUGAACCUGCUGAUGUUAAACUUGGUAUUGGAGGCUUCAGCAUGGGUGCAGCGACUGCGCUCUACUCAGCAACUUGCUUUGCACAAGGAAAAUAUGGAAAUGGAAACACUUACCCAGUCAACUUAAGGGCUAUCAUAGGUCUAAGUGGGUGGCUUCCAGGUUCAAGGAACGUGCGGAACAAAAUUGAAGGAUCACCGGAGGCUGCAAGACGUGCAUCGUCUUUGCCCAUUCUACUCUGUCAUGGAAUGUGCGAUGAGGUUGUUCCUUACAAAUAUGGAGAGAGGUCUACCCUUGACUUAAACUCAGCUGGAUUCAAGAAUCUUGCAUUCAAAAAAUACGAUGGGCUUGGUCAUUACACAGUGCCAAGAGAAAUGGAUGAGGUGUGUAGUUGGUUAAGUGGAAGGCUCGGCCUUGAGGGUUGCCGAUGAUAAAUUCACUCAAGAGUUUCAUGUUGUAUAAGUAAUUCAGGAGUGAUGACAAAUGCAUGAUGAAGCAAUAACAUGGGAGUAUACACUUGACAGUUCUAUGUAGUUAAUUAUGCCUUUGGUGAAUUCUAGGACCUCAGUCUUCCAGUUUUGACUCGAAAAUAAAGUUUUGGAUGUGUUUUUCAUCACUUGUAGACACUACCUGGACAUUUUGUUCUCUUCAAUUCUACUCAGAAUUUUGGUAGUUAUUGUAUCAUGUUGUAUCAAUAUUAAUGGAUAUUGUGCCUAUUGUGUA